UUGCUAUCUAUAAUAAUCCUUUUCUCUUCUAUUCUUUGUUCUGCUUUACUAAUUAUCUAUUAUUUGGUCAGAUAUAUUGAGUACACUAGCCCCAGAGAAAAAAUAACCUCGUUCGAGUGCGGAUUUGAUCCUUUAAGAAAAAUGCGAGCUCCUUUUUCCACCCGUUUUUUUCUAUUAGUAGUUCUAUUUUUAAUUUUUGAUGUUGAAGUAGCUUUGUUAUUUCCUAUUUUAAGACUUAUAAUACUUAAUUCUGUUAGUUUUAUGUUAAUAGUCGCGCUGCUUCUAUUCUUAGUGAUUCUUUUAUUUGGAAUAUUUCAUGAAUGGAAUGAAGGAGCUUUAGACUGAGUAAGUUCUUCAACGGGUCAGCUAAGCAUAAGCU